GAACAUUUAAUUGUUACAAUAGCUAUUAAUUUUUAUCAAAUUUCACUCGUGGCCUACGAAAUGUGUUGAAACUGUUUACUGAACAACGAACGUAACCAUUACAUUCAUCGCUACGUUGGACCAGCUCGAUGCAAAGAAAUCCAACAUUCAGCGUGAUAUCACAAGAUUUAUAUUGCACUAGGUGACAUGCCUAGCAGCCGUGAUAUUGAACGAGCUGAACGUAAUGGAAGAUUUCGAUCACGUAGAAGAGGUAGUACCAGCAGUGAUAUAAAUCGACAUAGUUUUGAAGCACCUGACAAAAAGCAUAGGAGGCAUGGAAAAAGCAAAAGUUCUGGAAAGAAGAAAAAAAAGAGAUCAAGAGAUAAGUCUAUAGAAAAUGUUCCAACUGUAGCUUCUUCCAUUGUUAAACCUUUGGUUGAGUACUCAGAUGUGAGUAGUGAAGAUUUAUCUGAACCAGAAGCUGGAGAAAUUCAGUCAGAAGAUAGUAGGGGUAAUAGCUAUACAGAUGGAGAAGUACCUGAACCAGUUUUACAGAGACGUUAUUAUGGUGGGAGUCCAGUGCGUGCUCUUGGAGCAUCUCCUAUUAGUCUUUCACCAUCUCCACCUGCUCAGCAUAGGCAUUCUAAUAGACACUAUUCACCAAAUGAACAGCAACCUUCAGCAAUGCAAACACCUGAAUAUGAAGAAGAAUCUAGAAGAUAUGCAAGAAGAAAAGAGAAAAAACACAAACGAGAGAAGAAAAAGAAAAGAAGUCUCAGUCCUUCAUCUAGUUCGGGAAAAAAGAAAAAACGAAAGUCCAAAAGACAUUCUCACAGUUUAAGUCCACAUCGUAUUGCAGAUGAAAUUAUUAUAAGUCCAGAACAUGAAAAACCAGUUGGAAAUUGGUCAGAGUCACCACCUUUGCCGUUGAAAGACAGCACGUCGCCAAUAUCGCCUGCAACACCACAAGAACAAAGAUGUUUGAGUGAUGUAGAACUUGAAAUAACAAGGCAACCUCGAAAUGUAACUCCUCCACUACUUCCUCCCAGACCAACAGAAUCUCCGCAUACCCCUUUGUUACCCCCAAGAACGACAACGCCAGAGAGUAAUAAAGCAAGCUUAUCUACAAUGAAACAUACACCUGAAAGACAGAAGCAUAGUCCUAGUAUUCAUACUCGACGUAGUAGCGUUAGCCCAGGACCCACUAUUAGCUCAAGUCGUAGGAGACCUCAUAGUCCAAGUCCACCAUCAAGACGAAGGGACCAUAGCCCAACAAGAAGAAGAGACUUUAGUCCAAGUCCAAUGGUGCAUAGACUUAGGCAUAGUCCUAGUCCUUCCACAAGAAGAAGAGAAUUUAGUCCGAGUCCUGUAAGUCAUCGACGUAGAGAUCCUGUUAGUUCACCAUCGUCGAGCAAACGUAGAAGAAGAGACGAAUCUGAACGUCGACACAGACAUCAUGAAAAAGACAGAAGAGAUAAAAGGAAAUCAAGAUCGACCAGAAGUCCUACUGGAAGCAGACUGCAUUUACCUCUUUCUCGUUCACGAUCGCGAAGUCCUGGAAGAUGGCGGAAAUUACAAUCACGCUCAAGGUCACGUUCACGAAGAAGAAGUCGUACUCCGAAAAAAUCUCGUUCUCCUAGCAAGUCCCACAAAUCCACAAGGAAACACAAAUCAAAGAGUCCUCGUCCUUCGAGAAUACCUUCGCCAUCUCCUCAUAGAUCCAGAGCAAGAAGUCCGUCAAGUAUAACGGCAAGAAAUCUUAGAGUACAGGCAAAGAUUAGUGAAACUAGUUUAUUUGCUGAACUCGUAAAGGAUAGGAAUAUGAGGGAAUUAGCAUAUAAGAAGUUGCAAGCAGCUAAAGAAAAAGCGGUUAACCAAGAUGAAGUUCAAAUUAUAGAAGGUACUGACGAAAAAGACGGCAGCAAUGCAUCUUCAGAAAAUAAAGCUUCCACUGACAAUAAGGAGAAAUACUUAAAUCACAAGGAACAAUUGAAGACGACAAACGAAAGUAUAAAGCCUGUUGAUCUUGUGGAUAUUCCUGUUCCAAUGUCAGAUGAUAGUGGAAUCGCGGGGAAAACACCACCAUUACCAAUGGCACAAACUGUCAAUGCACCGAAUGUAAUAUCUGGUGCUAUUCAGCAUUCUUCAACGAUUGUAUAUACUUCACCUACAACAACUACAUCUAGUAGUUGUCCAGUGACUCUUACAAGCAGUCCAAAUUUCCCAACCGUUGCAAAUGUACAAGCGCCCCCAUUGCCACAAUCUGAACCUGCAAAUACGAUAGGUUUACCACAAGUAUCCAUGCCAGUGCCUAUUCCUGUACCAGUACCUGUUCUCCCUAACUUAUCUGUUCCACCUCCACCUAUACCUAUACCAGUUCCAGCGCCAAACACGGCUAUGUCUAAAUUUAAUCCUCCUAAUAAUUUAGUUCCUCUUAAGUCUGUAGAUCCUCCUAAACCACCUAUCGUGGCAUUCAAAACUAAAAGUUUAUCAAGAUUGCCAUUGCCACCUGGAAUUAAUCAAAAUGAUUUAGAAAGUAUAGACUCUCCGCCGAGUCGGUCUCCAAGUCCACCUAGUAAGGCACAAAUGAAAUUCCCAGCGUCAGCUCCGAAACCACCUCAAAAGAAGAGUAUUAAAGACUUACCUAUGCCACCGGUUGUUCCUGGAUCAGAAGAUCUAAGUGGAGAAGAUGAUCCAAAUGCAACACCGCCACGUACAAAAGUGGAGCGUGUUCCACCAAAACCGAAAUUAAAAAGACCAAAAAUUUUGAAGCGUAGAAGUUCCAGAAAUUGUCACACUCCUAUGUCGGUUUCAAGUGGCAAAGAUUGGGGAGAGCGAUCUGUUGAUGUGUUUGAAGUCAUAGCUCAAAUAGGAGAGGGUACUUAUGGACAAGUUUACAAAGCGCAGGAUAAGCGAGCUGGCGUACUUGUUGCAUUGAAGAAAGUUCGUCUGGAAAACGAGAAAGAGGGAUUCCCUAUUACAGCUGUACGCGAAAUAAAAAUUUUACGGCAACUUAAUCACAAAAAUAUUGUCAAUUUACGAGAAAUAGUCACGGACAAACAAGAUGCUCUGGACUUCAGGAAGGACAAGGGUUCAUUCUAUCUUGUAUUUGAAUAUAUGGAUCACGAUUUGAUGGGUCUCUUAGAAUCUGGGAUGGUCGAUUUUAAUGAAAUGAAUAAUGCAAGCAUUAUGAAACAGUUAUUAGAUGGAUUAAAUUACUGCCACAGUAAAAACUUUUUACACAGAGACAUAAAAUGUUCUAAUAUAUUGAUGAAUAACAAGGGGGAAGUCAAACUAGCCGACUUUGGACUUGCAAGACUUUACAAUGCUGAAGAUAGACAACGUCCCUAUACGAACAAAGUAAUUACUUUGUGGUAUAGACCACCUGAAUUAUUGUUGGGUGAAGAACGUUAUGGGCCUGCAAUAGAUGUGUGGAGUUGUGGUUGUAUUCUAGGAGAACUAUUUUCUAAGAAACCGCUAUUUCAGGCAAAUGUAGAAAUGAUGCAGUUGGAGAUGAUUUCCAGAGUCUGUGGUACACCGACUCCUGCCGUUUGGCCUUCUGUGAUAAAAUUGCCAUUAUGGCAUACACUAAAACCAAAAAAGUCACAUAGAAGACGUUUGCGAGAAGAUUUUUCGUUCAUGCCAGCACCAGCUUUGGAUCUCUUAGACAAAAUGUUGGAAUUAGAUCCAGAAAAGCGAAUAACGGCUGCUGAUGCACUUAAAAGUGCUUGGCUGAAAAAUGUUCAACCUGAGCAGAUGCCAGCACCUCAGCUUCCUACUUGGCAAGACUGUCAUGAGCUCUGGAGUAAAAAACGAAGACGUCAGUUACGAGAGCAGCAAGAAAGCUCUGCUGGAAAGAUGCCUCUUCUUCCUCUUCCAAAUAAAGGAGGUCCCCAUAAGGCUAUUGAAGAUCUAUCUGAUGUCGGGGGGUCUUCCAAACGUUUAAAAAUGGAAGCAGGUUACAAUUCUCACCCAAAUCGUCUUGGUACGGAUUCCCAUUAUGGGGGAGAUAACUUGUUCAACCAAAGUAGACCUUAUAUGGUCUCAUCACCAUCAUAUUAUUACACUAGUCCUCCACCUGUUACACCACGGCCCAAGGGAGAUGCUAGCAGACCUUAUAUGGUCUCAUCACCAUCAUAUUUUUAUGUUAGUCCACCACCUAUUACACCAAGGCCCAAAGGAGAUACUAGCUCUCAUAUGACGGAAUUAUGCGCAGAAGAUAGUCUUGCCCGAAAAUUAAGUAUUCUAACAAACGCAUUAAAUCAGGGAAAACCAAUUCGUGUUGAAGAUCUUAUGUCACUUCGAUCAGAUAAUGAGAGUGACCCAAAAGUAGUACAGUUGUUAGGAGAAUUGCAUGCUGAACUUCGACUUGCUGCAAAUUCAAGACCAAGUGGACUGUUAGAUUCUCACCUUUCUGUACUGAAUCCACCACAUUUAGAUACAAAUGCAGCUCAGUCAGGAAAUUUUGAUGCACAUGCAAUUUAUGCUGGUGAUGAUGCAAUGAGUUCUGGAAGAUGGUCACAAGUGGCUACAGCAGGUGUUCGCAGUGCAUUAUUAGCGCUUAUGUCGCGCUAUGGUUUGGAAACUUGCAAUCCUUCCCCUGUUAUCACCCGACCCCCAGAUUGAAGUGAUAUUCCAAGAGAACACGUACACUACGAAAAUGAGGUUAGGAUGUGUGCUUCUAUACCGGCAAGCUGUAUACAAUGUGUGACAAUAUCAUGGCGAUUUGUGCUGCGGUAUGAAAGAAAUUGGCGACACGCUGUAGAUUAUUCAGUGAAGUGAUCAACAAUGCGACGUUGUGGGAAUGAAUAAUAAAUUGUUUGUUUUCUUGAGUUUAUUCGAUUCUAUAUUCGGUGUGAUAAUAAUAUACAUAAUAAAACACGCAACAAAUUAACGACAAGUGAAAAAAAGGACAGGAUAUUGAGUUGUUCGAAAAAACAAAUACCUAACCUCAUUCGUUUUACUGAUGGCUUUGUUAGAUGUUUUACGAUUUGAUUGUUCCAUAGACAAUGAUAU